UUAAAAAAAUUAUGUCGGUCGAUCCAGGCUUCAUGCGCGCAAUGCUUGGUACCAGUCCUCCUCUGUUAUGCGAUCGCUUUCUUUCCUCCUCCCUUCCUCGCUUCGAACGAUCUUUGGCUUCAUGUCGAUCGAUUAGCCUUUUUAGAGCUUUCAAAACAUUGUAAAGCUUGAAGUGGUCACAAAGCAAUAAAGCAGUCGCGUGGCUCGAACUACGAGGCAGCCAUGGGUUGCUGCUGUUCGAAAUCGCAGAAGAAAUACGAGGCGAAGGAUGGAGCUACGAAUCCGAAAGCGACUGGCGCUCCCUCGGCCGCUACAACUGGCUUCAGUUCUCAAACUCCUCAAGGAGCUAACCAAGUCGGCUACCCCUCCAAUGGCAUGCAUUUCCAAGCAACUUCAGGAAUUAUGACGCCUCCUAGUAGGUUCCCCGGAAUGAUGGCAAACAAAGGAGCUACUAACAUCUUUAUGGCUCUAUAUGACUAUGAUGCCCGUACCAACGAAGAUCUCAGCUUCAAGAAAGGCGAGAGGCUACAGUUACUGGAUAAUACAGACGGAGAUUGGUGGCUAGCUAAAUCCUUGUCUACGGAUCAAGAAGGAUAUAUACCUAGCAAUUAUGUGGCUCCUGAGAUGAGUGUGAAGUCGCAAGACUGGUUCUUUGGAAAAAUUAAACGAGCAGAAGCUGAAAAGAAAUUGCUAGCUCCUGGAAACCCAAAAGGCACAUUUUUGAUCCGUGACUCAGAGACACAACCCGGGAACUUUUCGUUGUCUGUACGAGAUGGAGACAAUGUCAAGCACUAUAGAAUACGCAAAUUGGACACUGGAGGCUUCUACAUCACGACUAGAGCACCUUUUGGUAGCUUGACAGAACUGGUUGAUCACUACAUGCAAGAUGCAGAUGGCUUGUGCUGUAUGCUUACGCAGGCCUGCUCAGGCGAGAAGCCCCAAACUGCAGGAUUAUCAUAUGGCACCAAAGAUGCAUGGGAGAUCCCUCGGGAGUCGCUCCAGCUACAGAAGAAGCUCGGACAAGGCCAAUUUGGAGAAGUCUGGUCAGGGUUAUGGAAUAGUACCACACCCGUGGCCAUUAAGACUUUAAGGAGAGGCACCAUGUCCCCACAGGCAUUCUUGGCUGAGGCUCAGAUCAUGAAGAAACUGCGGCAUGCAAACUUGAUUCAGCUUUAUGCUGUGUGCACAAAUGAAGAACCAAUCUACAUAGUGACUGAGUUGAUGAAGCACGGUAGUUUACUGGACUACUUAGUGAAGGGAGAAGGUCAGUUCCUAAAAGAACCCACCUUGAUAGACAUGGCUGCACAGAUCGCCGCGGGGAUGGCCUUUCUCGAGAAAAUGAACUAUAUACAUAGAGAUCUUGCUGCACGCAAUAUCUUAGUUGGGGAAAACUAUGCGUGCAAGGUUGCUGAUUUUGGGCUGGCGAGGCUCAUUGAAGACGACGAGUACAACCCUCAUCAGGGGGCAAAGUUUCCAAUUAAGUGGACGGCACCAGAGGCCGCUCUGUUCAACCGGUUCACAAUCAAGUCAGAUGUCUGGUCAUUUGGUAUUCUUUUGUCUGAGUUGAUAACCUAUGGGCGUAUUCCGUACCCUGGGAUGACCAACGCUGAAGUGUUAUCCCAAGUUGAGAGAGGCUACCGAAUGCCCAAGCCUCCGAAUGCUUCGGAUUCGUUUUAUGCUAUCAUGUUGGAGUGCUGGAAAAAGAACGAGGCUGAUCGGCCAACUUUUGAGUAUCUGCAGUCAGUACUUGAAGAUUAUCUUGUUGCCACAGAACCCAGUUACAGAGAUGUUACCUCAUAGAAGGUGAAGAAAUGGGUGAAGAGAAAGAGUGAAUGUGUUUGGGCAAGAAUGCAAGGAUAUAGAGAUGGCCUAGAUGACCGCAUAACACAUAUCCAGAGAUAAGAGGAAAGUAUUAGUUGCAUAAUUAAAAUUUAUCUUCACACAUUUAUAAGUCUGAAUCAGAAGGACAGUGAUGCUUCGAAAAUUAGUGGAGAGGCAAGAAGGGAGGAACUACAUAUGGAAAGGCUUAAUAAGUUAAGGCACACCAUGAAUAUUUUGUGGGGACGGAGGCUCCUGCCUGUGGGUUGGGUGGAAUGUUUUAAAGUUAAUGCCAAAGACCGUUUUAACAAUGUUGCCGCACAUCCAAAAUGCCACAGACUGGCGGGCCACAUCUGAUCUAAAAUGUCGUACAAAGUGGAGUUUACAGACAAAGCUAUAGAAAAUGCUGUCAGAGUGCUAUAGUCAAAUUGGCACUAGAGUCAAAUACCCCUUCCUUCGCAUUUUGGGUCAGCUGUGGCCCGCCAGUUUGUGGCAUUUUGAAUGCGCUCGAAACAUCGUGAAAACAGUCUUGGAUAUUUGUAUAGCUGUUGCUUAUCACCAUUUAUCACAUGCUCUAUUUACUUAUUCACACUUGCCAUUGGAUGGAUGCCAUCUAAUAAUAUUGAUUGCAUCACAGGAGCUUGAUAAACAUGCAGUGUACAUAACUUGCCAUGUACAACUCAACCUACCCACGAUAUAUUGCUUUGGUGGCCAUUUUCGACAGCAGUGAAAGUCAAAACUUUUGCUUAGUCUGUGGUGGCAAUACUAUGUCUAUGUACUAUGACUAAACAUUUCUGAUAAAAUCACAAAAAUGUGAAUUAUUUAGUACAACAGCAAAGCAAUGCAUAUUGGGAAGGCUGAUUGGGCCCCUUUAAUAUGAUCCUGAUGGUAUAUGAAUUGAAUGAUGCUCUGCUAUACAUGUGCAAUUGCCAAGACACCACUCGCCCGUCUAAGAAUGCCAGUCAGUCUGCUUUAUUAAAGAUAGCUUUAUUCAAUAUAUGAUUAAAGGUGUUUUAGUGGAGGCUCAGUCACUCUAAUCGAAUCUAUACAACAGACUAAUUUUCUUCAUGUUUUCAAAAAUGAGAACGUUUGAGGACUUUAGCCUAAAGUGAAGGAGGCAAAGUGUUGUUUUAGUCUAACAGGAUUGUAAGUUUUAUGUUGUCCUUAGCUCUAGGCUAUUAUACUUGGGGUUUGCUGUUUCAUGAAGAGUUUAGUGAUGGCUUGUCGGUGGAAAAGGAGUCCCCAUCUAUUUUAUGUAUAUAAACCAAGAGACCCAAUUUUUAACCUUUUUUUAUUGAUUAACUUAAAUGACCUCAUCAAAUGAAAUUGUGAACAUUAGAUUGCAAGUGCAUGUUUGUUUGAAAUCUAUUAGUUUUUUUUAGUACACAAGGCGAAAUUCAGCAAUAUUUAGUAUUGCAUACAGUGAGAAACUUUACACCGACAUGUGAAUUUUUGGCUACAUGUACAUUCUUUGAUCUUGACGUUUAGGUAGAAUUUGAACCUUAUGAGCAAAAUUUUUGCUGCCUUCUUUGGUUCACGCUCUUUCUUUUUUCGGUCGCGAAUGUCAGAGACCUUGGGUUGCGCUCGAUAAGACUGCUGGGUCUCUUUUCAUACCCUCCUCGGUGAGCCGGUGCGUAGAGCGUGGGGUUAGUACUUUGUGUAGCCAUCAGUAUGGUGAGGGUUAGGAUCAGUGUCUAGGACACACUACAUUGAUGGCUACAUAAAGUACCAAUCGAUUUGUUUUUGUCUUUUGGGAUUUUCUGUUCCGCCAUUCAAAUUAUUCCAAGCCAAUCAGAUCUUUGCCAUCUCUCGCCUAGUUCAGUUGCCUGGCUUUCUGUCGUGACACUGUCUGGUUUUCGUCCAGAGGAUAGCCAGGGAAGUGCACAAAGCGAGACUCUGAUUGGCUCAGAAUAAUUUUACUGACGGAACAGAAAACCAUAACAAAUCGUGUUUUGAAAACGCGGGUCGCGAUACAACGGAUUCGACAGUAAAGGCACAUAGGCAAUGUUAUUGGUACCAUAUCACUACGAUUUUGGUGUGCUUAUUUCCCUUCCGCUUUCUUGUAAAAAAACUCGAACAUGAUGUUGAUAAUCGCUAGUGACGCUCACAAACCGCGCGUUAUGAGGCAACAUUCUCAUAUCUUCCAUAUGAUUUUAGAUGCAGCGGUCUCUCGCAUUUUACCACUUAGAUUACCAUGCAUCGAAGUUGCAAACAGUUCUCAGUGUAAUUUUGCCCAGCGUACAGCUUGUAAUUCUCUACGUUGCUUUUUGCCGUAAUUUUUUUAUUUAAACAUUUUAAAUCGACCUAAACAAAGUUUAGCUUUUCUUCGCUUAGUCGCCGACUUUAUGAGUACAAAGCUGAGAGGUGUUUGCAACUUUGAUUCACCGCCGCUAUUUUUGUAGAAAACAGUCUUAUAAUAAAAUGUUUUUAGUGGA